CGAUCCUAUCGUGAACACUACAGUCAGCAGUGAUAGCUCCCGCCGACACAACACUCGUCAGUCAUGUCUCGCAGUUGCACCAUUUCUCUAGCGUUGUGCGCAUUGACCGCCAUCUACUUGUUGCCGGCCUCCAGUGCACAAUACGAAGGUGCGGUGGGCGAGGGCCAGGGCUGGGAGGCGCUGGGCGGGCUGUACGCUCUUCUGGCGCAGCACGAUGCACUCGACGGGCAUGCACUGGCCCGCAAGUCUGUGCGUUCGCCCUCGCGCCGGCUGCGCUUCGGCCGCCGCUCCGACCCCGACAUGCCCGCACAGGCUCCGUUGGACGAGAUGGAAGAACUGGUGAUGCGUGAGUUGCGUACGCCCGUUCGCCUGCGUUUUGGCCGCCGCUCCGAGGAACACGCCGUGCCUCACGUCUUCCCCCAGGAGGAACAGGACCGUGCUGUGCGCACCCCCUCCAUGCGCCUUCGUUUCGGUCGUCGAUCCGACAACAACAUGUACUUGCUACCCCUAGAGUCCGCCUUGCCUAAGGAGGUGAAAGCCAACGGCUCCGUGGAAGACGACAGACAACAGUAAACUUAUCGAUUAUACUCGUAACUAAACAAUUCCCGCAUCUCAACGCUCCGUACUACGUCGCUAGUCUGUUGUGGCAAGCUAUACCCGCUAAUCAUGCUGUCAAAGUUUAAAUAUCAAUCUUUAGGUGUUUUACUAAUAAAUGAUAUAAGAUAAAUGUAUACAAAGUUUAUCUAUGAUAUUGUUAACAAAUUACAUCUAAAAUCUUACGUCGUAAUCCUAAAAGAUUUUUUUUAAUG